CUCUCUCUCUCUCUCUCUCUCUCUCUCUCUCUCUCUCUCUCUCUCUCUCUCUCUCUCUCUCUCUCUCUCUCUCUCUCUCAGUGUGAUGUUUGUAUUCUCUGGAUAACGGAAUAUAAUCUUUCCAGCUCCGCAGCAGGAUGUGUGGUAUGACGGUGCUUUUAGAUGAUGGUGGAGGUGAUGAAGACUUUGAUGUGGGUGACGGGAUCCGGAUGCUGCCGCCUCCUCCGGCUCAGUGUGACGGCGGGGUCUGGGGGGCCCGGCGGGGCCGCUGCGGGUGUGUGCUGUGGGCCCUGCUUCUUCUGCUGUGGAACGUCCUGCUGCUGCUGAUGUGUGUGGCGCUGAUGGCCCUGAUCUUCAGCCUGGUUCUGCUGCCUGCCGCCCUGCUGCUGUACGACGGCUUCUUGUGCCAUUCAAGGGUCGUGGCUUCCCAGGCUGCUCUUUGUCACUAUCUUGAUGACAACAGUUGCUCUGCCCUCAUCAUCCUGGGUUUUGUCAUGAUGUCUCCGCUGGUCGUGGUUGCUGCGGCAACGUUCUGCGCUCUCCUGAGGCGGCUCCACCUUCUCUUAUAUUUUCAGCCAAUCACAGAAGCUCGGUACCAAGGGCGGGGCUUGGGCUGGAGGCGGGACAUCCACGCCUGGGUUUGACGGACAGACACACCCACCAUUCUCAGGUCGGCGUCCGGAGUGACCUCCAGCACCAGUAACGCCACAUGCGUCGGAGUAACUGUAACUCGACAGAAACAAUCCUGUAACACGUAUAACGCGAUGUGUGUAACAUAUCCCUGAAUGAACAAAAUGUAACUCUGGAAACGUUUUCAAUCUUUUCACAUGAUUGUGAAAUGGAUGCAAAGUUCAAGAAUAAGUGUUACUGUAAAUUUAAAUGUGUUACCACCAUUACAUUUCACGACGACUUUCUUUCCACACAUGCUAGCGCGCUAAGUCUGUUUGCGUGUGAUAUAUGAUGAUGCUCUGUAUGAAACAAUGUACAGCAGCACUACAGAAAAACAUCUCUCUUCUACAGAAAACCCCAGUGUUACACGUGUAACACAAUUUACGUUUCAGUGGUGUGCGAAUAAGUGUACUAGUCUAGAGACGUGUCGGUAUUUAUACUAGCUGGUCAGCGGUGUGAUUCAAAUGUGCAGAAUUAUGAAUAA